UUGAAAGAUGAUUUAUAAAAACUAUUGAAUGUGCACAGCGGUUUGAAGCAAAACGGUAGAUCCAUGGAACUCAGAAUAUAAAGAUCCGUACUGCACAUAUCUGGCAACCCAUUAACCGAAGGAUGUGGGAGGCUGCUCCUGAUUGUGCUACGCCGGCCGACCGUGUCUACCACGUGGAGCGAAUAGUCAUCGUCGUCAUUUGUCUCACAACGUCACCAAUUCAGUUUGUGUACAUCCUCCGGUGUGAACGGACGUGUUCUAGUCGCACGGAUCUUCGGUAUCCUUUGGAAGGCCAUGCGCACGCGUUUGCCCAGAAGCCAGAGAAUAUUAACAUCGAUAUAUACAUUCAGCACUAUACGGCCAGUGUUGUGAAGAGUGAACGAACGUAAAAAGGCGCAAUUUAUCCUUUUUAUGUUGUGCCACCAUCGGAUGGAUGCCUAAGCUAAUGCCAAAUCAGCUACUCUCGAGUGUUUGUCAUCCUUGUGAAAUAGAACGCGCGGCCAAGGCUGCAUAGCGAAAGUGUGUUUAAGUGAAAAACGAUAUCCUCUCGCAGCAACAGUUACUUUAACAGAUUAUUCUGUACAUAUCUGUCACUAGCAGAUGGACGUUUAAAAUUACAAAUUUAAUAAACUUUUUCAGUCGUUAAAUCUUCGAUGCGUGCUAUAAUCUAAACAUGUGACACUCAAACGCAAUAAAUUGAGGUAUAAUCUACGUUGAUAGCUUAAAAAACCUAAAACAUACGAAGAAUAACAAAGUGAGUGAAGUACUGCGUUGUCAUCCCUCCAAAAAACGAAAAAAAAGUGUUCGGUGACGACAACGAGACUAAAGCACGAUGGAUUACAUAAAGGAGUUGGAUAUUCGGCUUGAUAAGGAAUACUACUAUGCUGGUGAAGUGCUCUCCGGGAAGGUGAUUAUGCACACAACCGAGAAUUUCAAACUCAAGUCGAUCCGUCUGCUACUCCGAGGGAAAGCUCACGUCGAGUGGAAGGUGUUUGUGUCCGGAGAUAAGAGAACGGUGAAGGACGACCAGCUUUACAUUGACGAGCGGUCGGUGAUAUGGGGUGAGCGGGCUGGCGAAGGACUAGACGUCACCGUUCCGGUCCUGAUUCGUGGCCAGCAUCAAUUCCCUUUCCGCUUCAACAUCCCGGAAACCAACCUGCCUUGCAGUUUCGAGUCACGUGCCUGUUACAUUCGUUAUUUCGUUAAGGUUACAAUAGACAUUCCCUAUGCAUCGCCACCUCAAGGAAUCAAGUAUUUCACCAUUGUGGGACCACACAUAGACUGCAUGGACGAACAAUAUCUGAAACCAAUUACAGCUCAGGAUAAGAAAGUAAAGUGCUGUCUGUGCUGUGCAAAGGGCCCAGUGACAUUAAGCUGCUCUCUAGACCGCACUGCGUUCUGUUGUGGUGAAACGCUCAAACUGAAAUCCACCAUCGACAACCAGGGCGAGGACAGUGUCAAGCUGAAAGUGCGGCUGCUCCAGUUUUGCGAAUUUUUCGUCGAACGAGGCGUACUGGGCGUGACAAAAGAGGUCCAACAUUUGGUGCUGGAGUACAACGGUGAACUGGUGGCAUCCCGGGAUCAUCAGGAUACCUGUGCCAGCUUGCGGAUACCGACGGUGCCUACAACACUGAUGGGCGUCUGUCGCUUGGUGCAAAUCUACUACAUGCUGACGGCAUGCUUGGAAUUUGAGAAAUCUGGAGAUGAUUUGCAAAUCAAUUUCCCCAUCACCAUUGGAACGGUACCAUUCCGAAUACCGAACAGCAAUCUGCAGCCACACAUAGGAUACGACGUUGCCAUUGACCACGUGGAAGGUGGAAUUUAUAUAGGACCGGAAUUCCUGCUGGGGGAAGUGUACGACGGAUGCAACGUUAGCGACAACGAAUACCGCGACCUAGCGCCCCUCUACCGCCCGGUGUACCUCACGGUUGUUCGUAGCUCCCAGCAAAUAUCGGCCCGUGCUGUUGGUCGCGCUAAUCGCAAAAAAUCCUGCGACGUGGAAAUCGCUGAAAUACACCGGAAAUGAAUUGACUCACCGAGGUGACAGCGGAGCAGAGGUAAACAUGACAUAAACCACCUAUGAAAGUGGAACCGCCCUCCUGCCUAGAUAUAUGUGCUUGCAAACACGCACCGCAACCAGUCAUGUACACGUGUAUAGCUAUUCCCUGUCCGUACUAUCAGCCUCACCAAAGAGGGUCGUUCAUAAACCACGUGGAAGUUCGUAGGGAGUGAAGUCAUAACCUUUAUGAAACAUUAAUUUUUGUUAUGGACAAAAUUCUACUAAAAGAAUGAAUGUGAGGUGCACACAAAUUGAUUUUACGUAAUCCAUCAACAGCGCCUUUUAUCCAUCUGAGGAGUCAGACCUCUUAUCAUCCACUCACUUUAUUCAUUUUACGCCGCAUUCAAAAACCAUGCGUCUCCAUCACACACGGUAGCGAAAUAAACUGCCGCACACGUAAACUUUAGGCGAGCAAUAAAUGUAUGUGAAAACCAGUGCCCCAAAUUUAAAGUAAAACAAACCCGUACGAACUGUGGAUUCAGCAGUAGCACGAAAACAUAAAAUACCAUGCCCACACAGUUACGGAUCACCCACAGUGACGGAUCACUUUGGCGUUCAACAUCGGAUAACUCGCUCAAAACAUAAACGUUGACGUAAACCAUAUUUUUCCCAUGUUAUACUAUUUGUCUUCUACCAUUUGUAAUGUAAAGCACAACAUUCAACCGCUAAAUAAAGGUGUU